ACUUCACUCUCCGAUCUUCGUUAGUGGAUGGUAGUGGGAACGCAAAACUGAUGUAAUCGACAACGUCGUGUGUAUGUGUGAAAGAAAGCAUGCACUUUGCGUGGCGCGCAGAAACUAUCCGUUGAAAAAAUGUAUGGUUCUCUUGGGCUUUCAUCGAGCUAACUCAGCCGAAUGCUUUUAAGAUACAAAAGCAGUACGUUUAAGCAUAUAGUUCUAAAUCUCUAAUUCUUUGAAACAAACAUUCUGUCGAGAGAGCCUACGUGACUUUAACUGAAGCUGUCAAUUGAUUACGAUUCUUAACAAAAUUUUUCAAGUUCGCUAAAUAAAGUAUUUUUGUUCCCAAAUUUUAACUUUCCCUAUAUUAAAGAAUAACUACAGUUAUUCUUUAUACAGUUUCUAGAUACAUUUUGUCUUUUAGAUAUACACGACAAUUGAAAUUGACAAUUCAAAUUACGUUCCACAUGUAUAUGUCGAUCUUUCUAGAUUAAGCCCAUACUAAAACUAUAUUCGAGACAGAGGGCGCCAUUAUACGUUGCAUCGAAUUUCUUGCCUAACUAUAGUAAUUGCAAUCAGAGUGGAGUGUGGAGUAUGUAGUGUGGAAUAUGUAGCAUGGUGGACCAUGGCGCUACAUGGUUCAAGAAAUUUAUUUUCAUAAGAUAUAAAAACGAUUCUUGUGUGUAGCCACGUUCAUACUUUGAUAAUUUUAAAAUGGAAACUCGGACGAAUGAGUUAUUAACAACAGGUCCUAUAGCAACGAUUAAAGAAGAGCCUGUUGACCAAACUGGCGCGAAGCAAGAUAUGCAACAAUCUCAAGUGCAGGGCGUUUGCAUUGAGGAAGAGUGCGAACAGCGUAUCGAGUGUACAACUGAGGGCCAAGAAAAUGAGACACGUACAUUUUUAUCGAAAUGUGUGUUCUGUGGAAAGACAUUUACUUUCGGUGAUGAUCCAAAACUUUUAGAAUGUUUACAUGCAGCAUGUUCGACAUGUGUUAAUAGUAAACUCAGUGAUCACAACACAUCGGUCGACGUGGAUGUUCUGUUGGAAAGUAAUGUAAUUGCUUGUCAGAUAUGUAAUGUCACCACACAGGCAGAAAACUUAAUUGAAAACCGAUUCCUAUCAAAAUUUAUAGAAGAGGAUAAUAGUCCAGGUACUGAUGACGAAUCUAAAGAAACAGAAGAAGAAAAAAAAUGUACUAGCUGUCAUGAUAAUGCCAAUGCCACAAGUUGGUGUGUAGAAUGUGAAGAAUUUAUAUGUCAAAACUGUGUUAUGGCACAUCAGAGAUUAAAAAUAACAAAAGAUCACACAAUUAAACCAAAGGAUGAAGUUGCCAAUGAUAGAGAUAAUGUUAAAAAAAGCAACAAAAAAAUACCUGGCUAUUUAUUUUGUACAAUUCAUCCACAUGAACAAUUAUCUUUAUUUUGUCAAACAUGUGAUAAGCUUACUUGUAGAGAUUGUCAGCUAAGUGAACACAGAGAUCAUAAGUACAAAUUUAUUCAUGAAAUUGCUACUGAAACCCGUGCAUCAGUGUCAACUUUACUUAAAGAAGUGAGUUAUAAACGAGUUUUAUUAAAAAGUGCAAUGAAAGUCAUAGAAGACAGACAAGUUCUUAUUUUAGAAAAAAAGAAAAAUUUAGUGCAAGACAUAACACAAAUGGUGGUGCAGUUAACAAAUGCAAUUAAUACACGAGGAAAACAAUUAGUUAUGCGUCUAAAUGAAGUUUGUGAUCAGAAACAAAACACAUUAAAUGAGAAAAAAGUUGCUUUAGAUCAAUUAUCUAAGCUUACUGAUCAUUGUAUCCAAUUUGUAACUCAUGCCUUAAAAAAGGGUUCAGAUAUGGAAUUACUUUAUAGCAAAAAAUCUGUUACAAGUCAUUUACAAAGAAUAAAAAGUAGACGAGCUGACAUUCCAAAUCCAGAAAUACCAGUUAGAAUAAAUUUGUCCUUGGAGAAAGUACCAGAUUUGAUAAAAGUGGUUUCAUCUAUUGGAGGAAUAGUAGUGGAUGGUAGAGUAUAUCCUUCAAUAUCUCCAUUGGGUGGAGUAAAUACAACACCAUCUAUGCCAUAUAAUGAAUCACAGACAGAUCAAAAGCAAACAACUAAUCUGUCAAAUGUACAUAUGGAUGGUUCUUCCAUAGCUGCACAAUUACCUGUUGCAACACAACAAUCUAAUAGUAUGCAACAAAAUUCCUAUCAACAAGUGCCUCUUCAUAUAGCAUCUCAACAGCAGCAACAAACACAGUCGCAAAAUUAUAUGCAACAUUAUCCUAUAAAUAACAUGCCACCUCGGUCAUCACCACAAGCACAUCAACCUCGUGUACCAUAUCCAGUCAAUUUCAAUAACAGAUUACAACAACCAAUGAUGAUGCAACAACGUCCUUUGGGAAGUUGCCAUCAACAAGUAACAUCGUCCACGCAUCCUCAUCAACAAGUUCACAUAGAUCAACUUGGUCAGAAUACAAGUUUACGUGGACUUCUUGCACAUAAUCCACCACCUUUCCGAUCUUCUACAAAUCAUGUAUCAUAUCGACUGCCACCUUAUAGAUAUCCUCCAAACAAUUCCCAACGACCAGUACCACCACCUGCAUAUCAACCAACAAAUACAUCCAUGGUAUCUGGUAUAAGACUUCAGCAAUGUAAUCCAACUUCUCCAUCCGCGCAACAUAUAAAUUAUCCUAUGCAACAACCACCUACAGCUCGCUGGCAUAUACCUCAAAAUGUCAAUCCCUGUCUUCCUUUUUAUACUUCCCGCCAUCAAUCAAAUACACCUUCCAUGUCAGUUCCUACUAAUGAUACCUACAAGAUAACGUUAAAAAAUCAACAAUCAAAUGCAAAUCAAAAAUAUAAUACACAGACGACUACUGCUUCUGAUACUCCACCUCAAUCACAAAGUUCAGUGUCUGUUGGUCAUACAGUUAGUUCGUCAGUACCUAAAACGCCUAGUCCUGUGCCUCCUGGAAAAUCAGAUGAAACUGAAAAAAGUCUAGACAAAUUUUGCCAAAAAUCUUUGAAUGAUCUAAUGCUUACUAUCGCAAAAUUAGAUAGCAAUGGAAUUGUAGUAAUACCAGAAGCUCAACGAAACCAGUUAGAUUCGGCCCAAGUAGAUAGUUCAACUGAUGAAGGGUUGAAUCCAAUGGCUGAGAAUUCAUCAGCAUCCAUGGCAAAGGAUGAUCCAAAUGAAGACUGGUGUGCAGUAUGCAUGGAUGGAGGAGAUGCAGUAUUAUGUUGUGAUAAAUGCCCAAAAGUCUUCCACUUAUAUUGUCAUAUUCCUAGUUUAAAAUCGUUUCCUGAUGAAAGUGAAACAUGGCAGUGUAUGUUAUGUACUAAUGUACUAGACUGUUCAGAUGACCCACCAGGAGAAAAAAGACCAAACACAAUGAGUGCAAAAGAAUUACGAAUUGCACAAAGAAUUGUGUUAGAACUUUAUUGUCAAUAUGAGCAAAGCUUACCUUUCCGUGAAAUAGUAUCUAGCGAGAUAGUUGAUUAUCAUCGCAUCAUAAAAAAACCAAUUGCACUAGAUGUAAUUAGAGAUAAAUUAAAACCUGAGCAUGCAGAACAUUACACAGAUUUAAGACAAGUAAUGGCAGACAUCAGAUUGAUGUUUAAAAAUGCUUUUACUUAUAAUCCUGUUGAAUCGCAAGUGUAUCAAGAAGCACGAAAUUUAGAAGAAUUUUUUGAAAAAUUAUUAUUAAAAUGGGCACCAAAUUACGCAUAUGACGAUCCUUUUCUUUCGGGUGACAAGGACGAAGACGAAGAAGUGUUUCCUCCUAAUAGAAAAUAUCGUCGUAUACUUACAGACUAAUUUUCACUUUCCGUAAUUAAGCACAUAAACAAGUAUAUUAUUUUUAAAACACAUAGCAGAAUUAUAUUUCCAUAUAAUGAAUAUUUCUUAAUUAUAUUUAAUAUUGCUUUUCGUGUUUAAUUAAUUAAUAAAUGUCUAUAAAUACUUAUGGAUACUAACAAUUGAGCAGACAUUUACAACUGUAGUAUAGACUUCUUCACAUUUUAUGUUCAGUGAAGAAAAUUUUAUUUCUAGCUUAAUAUUGCGAGCUUACUGCAUGAAUUUAUAAAUUAAAGGUGAUCACAAAUUUAGUUCAUAAAAUAUUUGAGUGUGUUGACUAUUUCUUAUAAAUUUAUCAUAAAAUUUGUUAGAAAACCUAUCAUUUAAUUAUAUCAAUAAUUGAAUUACUAAAAAAUAAUUGCAUUAAUAUUACAAUAAAAUAUUUCAGUAAAUAUAUAAGUAUUUUUUUACAAAGUAUUACGACUUUAUAUACAUAUAUAUAUAUAUAUAUAUGUAUGUAUGUAUAUAAUAUAUACACAGAGUGUUCCAUAUGUGACAGUAUUGCAGAGUUGAGUUGAGGAUAUAAAAAUGGAAAAACAAAAAUUCAGAUAAACAUAUGAACUAUUUUUGUGUUCUCAAUUUACUUCUCCAAUAUACUCACAUAGUACGAAACAUUUUGUAUAUCUGUAUUAUCAUUUUAAUAAAACUAUAGAAAAAAAUGUUGAAUUACUUGUUGAUAAAAAAUUACAGUUAACUAUGUAACAUAUUGACUGAAAAUUUUAUAAAUUAAUAUCAUUUUUAAAACGUUUUGCUGUAAGAAAACCGUUUAAUUGUUAAUAUUCCGAUGUAUUUGAUAAGUAAAUACAUGUUUGUUACACGAAAAUGAACAAAAGAUUGAAAUAUAUUAACAUUUGAAUUUUCAUGUUUAUUUCUCAUUCUAUUAUAAUUAAUUUUAUUAUUUAAAUUGUCUUAUAUUAAAACGUUUUAAUACAUUUACUUGGUAGCAUCAAAUGUAGACAACUAUGUUGUUAAAUUUCACAUUAUUGUAUUACACCAAAUACAUGUAGGAUGUGCAAAAUAAUCUUAUAUAAAAUAUACAGAAUGGAAUUUUUUAAAA